AUGAUGAAUUAAUGUGUGAAGUUAAAAAUUAGCUUACGCUUGAGAAUAAAGAUAAUAAUUAAUUUUCUAAAUAAGAAAGGCCUAAGAGCAAUGGUGAGGCAACAAAAACAACCUAUAAUAAGAAAAUAGCUAAUUCAGAAGAUUUGUCUAAAGUUUUAUUUUAUUGCAUAUAGACCUCUUCUUAAUAAAAUAUGUGAUUACCACUUUGAGUUGAGAAAUUGA